ACUGCACCCUGAAAGGCACGGGGGACGAGGAGGUGGACCCCCCCGAUGUGCUCUGGCUGAGAGACGGUGUGCCGCUCCUCUACGCCGACACCAACCAGUUCCAAUUCCACACCGGCGGCACCGGCUGGACGAUCAUGAGCACACUCAGUAUUGAGAAGGUUCAGCUUCCCGACAUGGGCGCCUACCGGUGUGCCGUUCUGUCCGAAGGUCACCAGACCAUGUCCGAGGAGGGGAGCAUUCAGCUGGAGGGCCUUCCUCAUUUCUCCGUGGAGCCCCAGCACAUGUCCAUAGUGGCCAACGUGUCCCUGACCCUGAGCUGUGUGGCCCACGGACCUCCAGAGCCCGUUAGGGUCAUCUGGCUGCAGGACGGCGCUCCUCUCAACUCCCUGUCGGACCCCGUGGCUCUGUCGCCCUCCACGCUCAACCUCACAGGUUUGAACCGGACCAGCACUUUUUCUUGUGAGGCCCAUAACCACAAAGGAGUGGCCACCUCUGGAUCCGGUACCAUCACUGUCCUCCCGUCCAAGCCUCAGAACCUGAGAGCCGCGGAGGUCACGCCAACCGGUCUCCGCUUAACGUGGCAGCCCGCUUUCGGGGGCGACUACCCGAUAGUCCGCUGCACUGUUCAGGCCAAACAUUCGGGAGAGUCCUCCUCAGCAGGCCCAGAUGAGAUGAUCCACAACCAGAAUGUGAACGUCCCACCAGCCGCGCACUUCAUCGGGGGGCUGGAGCCGCACAGCCUCUACGCUGUCAGGGUGGCCUGCCACAGCAGCCAGGGCCCAUCCGACUGGUCGCCCUGGGUGGAGCUACGCACCAAAGAAGGAGUGCCGGAAAACCCUCCGGUCAACGUGAGCGGGGCGCUGAACGGGACGGAUGUGCUGGUGACGUGGGAGGAGCCUCCGGGGAAGCUGAACGGAGAGCUGCAGGGCUACCGGGUGGAGUACAGCACGCCCGUCACGCAUCAGUUAAUCGCGGACGCCGGACUGGACACAGAGCUGUCAAUCAACCUGUCCGUCCCCCUCUCCAAUGUGUCUUUUCGAGUGUGCGCCUAUACGGGGGCCGGGCAAGGACCCUGGACCCCCACACAGACGCUGACUCUUAUUGCUCCCGAAAUGGAGGAAUUUCGAGGUCCGUCCACGACCCCGGCCUUUUCCUGGCACUGGUGGUAUGUGGUGAUGGCUGUCGCCGGCGCCGUGUCCAUAGCUGUGCUCAUGGCUGUUUACGUGGCCAAGCUGCGGCGCAAGGAGACGCGGUUUGGGGAGGCCUUCGAACCCAUGAUGGAGAGCGGAGAGCUGGUGGUCAGGUACCGCGCUCGCCGCACCUACAGCCGGAGGACCGCAGAAGCAACGCUGAACAGCCUGGGAAUCAGCGACGACCUGAAGCAGAAGCUCCAAGACGUGAUGGUGGACAGACAUAAACUCACCCUGGGAAAGACGCUGGGAGAAGGGGAGUUUGGCUCUGUGAUGGAGGGGAUGCUGACUCAGGAGGAGGCUGUUCUCAAAGUUGCUGUGAAGACGAUGAAGAUUGCCAUUUGCACCCGCUCAGAGAUGGAAGAUUUCCUCCGCGAGGCGGCCUGCAUGAAAGAGUUCGACCAUCCCAAUGUCAUGAGGCUUCUAGGUGUGUGUCUGCAGACUGUGGAGAGCGAAGGUUACCCCUCCCCCGUGGUCAUCCUGCCCUAUAUGAAGCACGGAGACCUGCACAGCUAUCUGCUCUACUCAAGGCUGGGAGACUGUCCUGUGUACCUCCCGUCUCAAAUGCUGGUAAAGUUCAUGACCGAUAUUGCCCGAGGGAUGGAAUACCUCAGCAGCAAGAACUUCAUCCACAGAGACCUUGCUGCUCGCAACUGCAUGCUGAACGAGAACAUGAACGUCUGUGUGGCCGACUUUGGCCUCUCCAAGAAGAUCUACAACGGAGACUACUACAGGCAGGGCCGCAUCUCCAAGAUGCCCGUCAAAUGGAUCGCUAUCGAAAGCUUGGCCGACCGCGUCUACACCACCAAGAGCGACGGGUGGUCCUUUGGAGUCACCAUGUGGGAGAUUGCCACGCGUGGCCAGACCCCGUACCCCGGCGUCGAGAACAGUGAGAUUUAUGAUUACUUGAGACAAGGAAACCGUCUCAAGCAACCUCCGGACUGCCUGGACAGCAUCUACGCCCUGAUGUUCUCCUGCUGGCUGCUGAGUCCUAAGGACCGCCCCUCCUUCGAGUCCCUGCGCUGUGAGCUGGAAAAGGCCCUCAAGGAUCUGCCGGACACCCAGGACCCGGACGAGAUCCUGUACGUCAACAUGGACGAGUCCUCCAUGGAGCUCGGCGCCGUCGGCGGCCGCGACCCGCUCUGCGGUCCGACCCCCCUCUGCCUGAAGGGUCUGGAUUCCGUGACCACCGUGGAGGUCCACCACCCCAACCGCUACGUCCUCUGCCCCCAACACGAGACCAACCGAGCCCUCUCGGACUCCCUGGAGAGCCUGGACAUGCGGCUGUCGUCCUCCACGGCCACGCUGCCUUUACAACCGUCGUGCCACUCCACCCCCAAUCCCACGCCCGCCCCCACCCCGACUGUGGAGCUGCUGGAGGACAGGGACUCGUCCAGGAAAAUGCCCUGGCAGUGAUGGCUCCACUUUUGAAGCACGUCUCAUCACUGCCAACGCGUGCCGUCCUUUAAUACCGAGAUCCUGCCUCUUGAUGCGGACUUUAACGAACCCUCGUGUGCCCUGAAAUACAGAUUUCUGAACACAAAUGAACACACAACCGAAGGCGUUCUGAGGAAGGGAAGGAUCGGGUUUCGCUCCGCUCUCUUCUGAAAUGAGCACAUAUUCUAAAGUGGAUGUAAAAAUAAGUUACAGUAGGUGACCAGGUUAAGCUCAGGCACUGAUUCCCACGAACACUGCGGCACAAUCAGAGAAAUGCAUCCCAGCAACGAAAGACCGGAUCUGCAAAACUACCUGCAUACAGCAGAUGGAUCUCAUCCAUGUGAUUAAGCUACCACAAGUCUCUGUGAAGCAGCUCACACACUGCCAGGAUGAACACAACCAAACACACUCAGGCCUGAGCGCUAACGCCCAGAGUCCCUCUACGAAAGUUCUCCAAACCUCAAGAUACAAGACUUUUCCCCCUAUAGCAGAAUAUGAAUGAAAUCUUUAAACAAGUAAAAUAAUUAAGAGACCAAAAACAAUUCAAAGAUACUGCUCAUAGAGUCCUCCUUCCCCAGCAGUUUGUUCGGUGGCCUGAUGUAACGCUGCGGGUGGUUCUUCAAGUAGCCCUUUAAACCCAACGCGCCGUUUACAGGUCAGGACAGAUGCAAUGAAAUGAAAUUCAACCAGUCUUCACAUCUGAGACUUUACUCGAUGGGGACACAGGUACUGGUCAAACGAAGGGGACACAGGUACUGGUCAAACAAUGGGAGGGGGUUGGAUGGACUAAUGGGCGGUGCAUGAUGGAGUAACCCGAGGCACGCGGCAGGAUGAGCUCCUUCGCCUUUGCCUCAAGCACAGUGUUAUUAUACAUUUUUGUAUUUUUUUUUGUCAAUGCUGAUUUUUGUAUUUCAACAACUUUGCACUAAUGUCUUUUUUUAUAUAGAUCAUCGUAUGUUUGUUCAUAAUUUGUAUAUCUUUUUUAUGCUUUUUCUCUCAAUUUCAUGAAACCAGUUGACAGCUUCACUAAGGCGGAGAAUGAGGCAUGGCAGGGCGGAUCCGGGGGACAUGAUGACCCCCUGAUGUCAUCCUGCCAUGGACGAUUCUCUCUCCAGGUUCAACACUGUAAAUAGAAGUUUAGCACCAACACAGUGGAGAUGGAGGAGGGGGGGGGUGUAGGAAAGCAGCAGCGAGCGUGAUCUCCUUUGAGGUUUGCCAGUUGCAUCUUUGCAUCAUGCAGGCACUUAUUUUGUAAAUAUAUAGAUAAAUAGAUGUUCACAUGUAUCUCUAUAUCUUUGCUUUAGGGCAUACUUUUGCCAUUGGAAUGUAUUCCUAUACACGUUUGGGAGAUUAUUUGUUAUGAAUGUUUUCUCAAAUGUACAUGAAAAGGUACUUGUACACAUGAACCAGUACGGAGUGAUGUUUCAGCAUUACUUAAAUUCUUUAAGAUCUCGCUAUACAUUUGGUACUGUGUUAUCUGAGUGAUGCAUCGAUUUUUGUGCCGCACAAAUCUUUCACCAACCACCGGGAUUGAAAACAUUGUUGGUUCUUUGGACGCAUAGAAAAACUAAAAGGUAAAAAAGGUAACUCAGAAAAAAAAAGGUAACUCAGUUCAGAUUCAAAUGUCAGAAUUUCACAACUUUGCCUUCAGUGCCUACAAUAUAAACAAAUAUUUUUGCAUUUCA